GCAUUGGAUGGCCAUAAGUCUGAUGACUCCAGCUCUAGAAGAGACUCCUCCACUGAGAUCUUCAGUGACUCCACCAAGGAGGGUUGGCUGCAUUUCCGACAGCUCAACACGGAGAAGGGCAAGCGAGUAGGAGGCGGUAUGCGGCCGUGGAAACAGAUGUACGCAGUGCUGCGGGGACACUCCCUCUACCUCUAUAAGGACAAAAAGGAGGGGCUUGCUCACGUCAACUCGCAACUGGAGGACGAGCCUCAAUCAAUCAGCAUCAAGGCCUGCUUGAUUGACAUCUCUUAUAGUGACACAAAGCGCAAGAAUGUCCUGCGGCUAACGACUUCAGACUGCGAGUAUCUGUUUCAGGCAGAGGGUCGAGAAGACAUGCUGUCCUGGAUAAGAGUCAUUCAAGAAAACAGCAACCUGGACGAGGAGAAUGCUGCCGUAACCAGUACUGAUUUGAUCAACAGAAAGCUCAAGGAGUAUAUAUCCAUGAGGUAAAGAACAUGUCCUAGAGACCAGCAGGUUUGCCUUGCCAUAAAGGCCCUGUUCCAAAUCCUAGUGAGCUGCCCCACUGAAAUUAAGCUCUGUUAGCUGUCACUCACAUUGAACACCAAACAAAAAGCAUCGCCACGCACAAGACUUGACUGGCACUCAUGGUUGAUUGACUUUGCUACUAGACAUGAUAUUUGAAACGAAACCAAAAUUGCAGUAUGGCUUAGCAUAAUUAUCAAAUUGCAAAGGCUAUGAUAUAAAUUAAUAAAUACAUGCAUUAUGUAUUUUCAGAGUGUAGAGUGACUACUCUUACAUGUAAGCAGCUAAUGAUCUUGUGUUUUUAGUGUCUCGCAGCGGCGUGGUUCAUGUUAAAUUAUCUGUAUCUGCAUCUGAGUUUGGGUCGAUUACAACGUGCAUUUGGAAACUAGUAUGUAUCUUUUUCAAAUGAGUUAUAGAAGAUAUAGAAAAAUAAAGUUUAAAUUGAUACUUCAGAUUCAUU